AUGUCAACAAAUCUAUCUCAUUCAGAGAAUGAUGAUAAUAAUCUAAAUAAUAAUAAUAUAAAUAGUAACAAUAAUAAUAAUAAUAAUCCAAAUAUCAAAAAUACUAAUAAUAGUAGUAACCUAAGGUCAAGUUCAAACUCAAAUUCAAAUUCUUCAAAUUCAUUAUCAAAUCAAUUAAAUAGUCAACAAGAUCAAAAUUCAAAUAUAUCUUCACAUUCAAAUAUUGAAAAUUCACAACAAACUUCAAUAACCAAUGACAAUAAACCAAAUUCAAAUACUCCGAAAAUUAAAAAAAAUAGAAAUAGAAUAUCAGUAAGUUGUUCAAUAUGUAAAAAAAGAAAAUCAAAAUGUGAUAGAGCUAGACCUGUUUGUGGUUCAUGUAUGAAAAAAUCUAUUGCUCAUUUAUGUCAUUAUGAAACUCAUUCUUCAAGACAAUUUAUAAAUAAUAAUGGAAAUAAUAUUAAUCAAUCUCAAUCUCAACCUAAUUAUAAUUCUAAUUCUAGUUCUAAUCAACCACAACAACAACAACCUCCAUUUUCAAGUAAUUAUGGUCCACCUCCUUAUUAUAAUGAUCAUUAUAAUAUACAACGACAACAACAUCCACCACCACAAUCACAACCUCAAUCUCAAAAUAUACCAGGACCUGCCCCUCCUCCUCCUCCUUUUCAACAACAACAACAAGGUCCAUUACCACCUCAUACUCAACAAUAUCCUAUACCUCAAUCUCCUUAUUCCUCAGAUCCUAUAAAUCAUAUCAAUAAUAAUAAUAACAAUACUUAUUCACAUCCACCACAAGCAGCACCACCACCACCGCCCCAUUUACUUCAACCACCAGCUCCACCUCCUUUACAAUCAUAUUCUUCAUAUAAUUCAAAUCAUCAUCCACUGCCAUCUGCAAUGUAUCAAACAUCUAGUUCAAGUCCACCUUAUAUAAAUAAUCAAAAAACUAUUCCACCUCAAUUACCUAUUCCUACACCUCCAAUGCUUAAUAGAAAUUCUCAAGAUAAUAGUAAAUCUAAAAUUCCAAGUCCUCCAAAAUCUGGAAAUAAUGCAUUCAAACAUAAUCUGACAAGUUCUUCAAGUUCAUUACCAUUACCUCAACCUCCUUCUGGUCCAGCACCACCUAUAUCAUCAACCACCAUCACCAAUGAACAUAGAAAUUCAACAUCAAGAUUAAGUAUACCAUCACCAUCAAAUUUUAUGAAUAAUUUAUCACCUCAAUAUCAAAGUGGAAAUACUAGUUUUAUGACACCUCCAAUUACAAAAUUAAAAGCAAUGAAUACAGAAUCAAUUCAAUCACCUUCAAAUUUUUCAAAUCAAAGACCUGGUGGUUCAAUAUCAAGUCCUGCUUCUUAUUCCUUAGGUAAAACUCCAUCAAUUCAAUCAAAUAACUCACCAAAUUUUAAAGAUUCAUUAUCAUCAAAUCCAUUAGUUUCUAUACCUUUAGGACCAAAUUCAUCAUUACAAAUAAGUCCAGAUGAUAGAAUUAAUGUUUUUUCAAAUGCAAGUUUAUCAUUAAGUUGGGAAGGUCCAAAUGGUCAAUUACAAGGUUAUCUUUCAUAUAUUGGAUUAACAAAAAUAGAUCCUUUCAUAACCAUAUUAAGAAAUUUUUUAGUCCACCUUUUCAAAACUGGAGAAAUGGCAGAUUUUAUUGAAAGUGACACCACCAAAAAACGAAGAAGUUCAAAUGGUUCAAUAACUUCAGGUAAAAAAAGUGAACAAUUAUCACCAGCUCAUAAAAAGCAUAAACCUACUACAUCACAAACAAGUCCCGCAUUUAAUCCAACAGCAAUGGGAUUAAGUGAUUCAAAUCAAUCCAAAACUGAUGGUGAUAUUAAUAAAUUAUCUAAAAAUGCUAUAAAUCAUUUAAGAACUCAACCUGGAAACUCACUAAAUGUUUCUUCUCCAAUUGAUGAUUUCUCACCUAAUACAAACACUAAUAAUAAUAAUAAUCAACAACAAGAUAAUCCCAAGCCAUCACUUUUUAUCCCACCAAUGGAACUAUAUGCUUUAGCAAAUGAUUCACAACUGUAUUAUUCAAUAGUUGAAAAAUAUAUUUCAUCAAUUUUACCAGAUCAAUUUAAUCUGUUUCAAUUAUUUUGUCGGUUUUUCAAAUAUGUUUAUCCCUUUGUACCUAUUAUAGAUGAAAAUUCAUUAAUUGUUGAUGUUAAAAAUUUAUUAAAAAAUUUCCCAGCUUUUAGUCAUGAUAAAUGGACUACCUUAAAAAUUAAAAAUGAUAAUGAUUUAAGAACUUUGGGAAUAUUUUUGUUAAUUUUAAAACUAGGAUACAUGACAUUUAUUCAUAAUGAUAAUGUCUAUAAUGAUUAUAAUGAAGAAGAAUUAUCAAUAAUAUCAAAUAUGCAGUAUAUCACUUCCGAUGUUUUUAAAAGAGCUAUAAAUUUAUGUAUUGGAAAUAGUUUAAAUUCAUCAAAAUCAACAUUCAAAUUAGUUCAAUUAUUAUCAUUACUUUAUUUUUAUAAAGAAAACUCGCCGGAUGAUGGACAUGGAAUAUGUGGUGCUGAUUCUCAAAUAUUAUUGGGAAUUACAAUGAGACAUGCAUUAUCUAUUGGUUUGAAUAGAGAUCCUACAACUUAUUUAACUCAUGAUAAUAUUACUAAAAAUCCUGGACUUAUAAAAACUUGGAGAUAUUUAUGGCAUUAUCUUGUGGGUACAGAUGCAGUUAGUUCAUUACAUAAUGGUACAAAUUUGAACCUAAUGAAUUUGGAGAUUAGUGAUGUUCACCUUCCUUAUGAAUCUAAAGAUAAAACUGGUCAAUUAAAUGAAGUAAUUAAAAAAUCAAUCACCAUUUUCAAAUAUUAUCGACAAUUAGUUAAAAAGAUUUGUAACGUAACUGAAAAACCAAAAGUAAUGGAUAUUUUAUCAGAUACAAAUUAUUUAGAAAAGAUAUUUUUUGAUUUUUUUGGUAAGGAUUUUUUCAAAGCUGAAAUAUGUAAACCUGCUAAAUUAAAUCCUCAAGGUAAUAAUGGUUGGGAAUCGGGAAGUAUUGAACAUGAAGAAACUUUUAUAAAAGUAUUAAAAUAUUGUAUUUUUAUUCAAUUAAGAACUAAUUUAUCAGGACUUUAUUAUAUGAUUGCCAUACAUUAUGAAAAUGAAUAUAAUGAAUCUAGAACACCUUCCGUUAAUGCAGGUAUUGAAUUAUUUAAAAUUUAUAUUAAAUCUGUUGUUCAAAUUGUUUAUAUUAUGUCUUAUGUAUUAGACAAUUCGGUUGAAUUAUUUGGAAAACAUUAUGAUUAUAUUUUAACAUCAGCUAAUGAACGAUAUAUGAUAAAAACUCAUUCAUUUUUAACUAGUUUUUUCGUGAGGUUAUUACAUCAAAAAAAGGAUCUUUCAUUUAAAGUAUUUAAAGAACCUAGUUUUAUUCCUAGGUUAGAAGUAAUGGAUACAUUAUUCACCAUGGUUCUUCUCGAAGCAGAAUUAUUUGUUGGUAAUUUUAAAAAACUUUCUAGAACAUAUAUAAACAGUUACAGAUUAUAUAUAAUGACAUAUAUUAUAUUAAGACAAUGUGUUGAAAAUCCAGAUGUAUUUUUUGAAAAAGCAAUAAGUGAUCAAUCAUUUUUCCAUCAAGGUACAAAUAUGAUUGAAUUUUUCACUAUAGCUGAAUUACAACAUUUAUGUCAAUUAUGUAGUAAAUUAAGAAAUGCAAAAGAUGAACAAAAUAAAUUAAAAAUGGAAAGAUUAAAAGCAAAAGGUAUAAUAUUAAAUGAUGAUCCACCACCAACUAAUGAUCUUUUAGAUUUAAAUAAUAAUGAAUCAUCAGAAUAUUUUAAUAUUGAUGAAUUUAAAGAUGAUAAUUUAUUAUUUGAUUCAAACAAAAUGUUUGGUGGUAGUUCAAUUUUAAGUUUUUUCGAUGAUGAAAAAAUUUUUAAUAAUUUAAAUAAUUUAAAAGAUGAUAUUUUAGAUCCAAUGGCUUGUAAUGAUGAUUUAAUUCGAUUAUUUAAUAUUUAUGGAGAUUUUGAUGGGUUAUUAGGUCUUCAAUAA